CCACCUCCGUUUUUAGUCCCGCCCAUUUGCUCUGUCUGGUGCCUUUUCUCCGAGAGUCACCGGGCCUAAUCCCAGGAGAGAGACUCCCUCCCGAGGCCAGCCGCUCCGUCUCGGGGUCGUGUUUACCCGUCCGGAAAAGUGACAGGGCCACCAUCAGAUGUUGAAUUAUUCCUAUCAUUUAUUAGCCCUUUUAGAAAGGUAAAGAGUAAAAAAAAAGCCCCAAAUAUUAUGUCUGAUGAAGUUUUUAGCACAACUUUGGCAUAUACAAAAAGUCCAAAAGUCACCAAAAGAACUACUUUCCAGGAUGAGCUAAUAAAAGCAAUCACAGCUCGCUCAGCCAGACAAAGGAGUUCUGAAUACUCUGAUGACUUUGACAGUGAUGAGAUUGUUUCCUUAGGUGAUUUUUCUGACACCUCGGUAGAUGAAAAUUCAGUUAAGAAAACAAUUAAUGAUUUCCAUAUAUCAGAUGAUGAAGAAAAGGAUUCUCCAAAACUGUCUUUUUUGAAAACCAAGAAAUCAAAUAGUGGUGUGAUGAAAGAUGAGCCAGUAUCCUCCAUCAAAAACGACGAAGAAAUGGCACCUGAUGGUUGUGAAGACAUGAUUAUAAAUCCUUUAUCCGAAUCUCAGAAUGAAGACCAGGAAAUUGAAAAAGGAAAAGUUAAAAUGAAACCUAAACCCAGAAGUCUUCCAAUCAAAAGCACAUCUUCAGCAGAAAACAGCAGCAGCCUUGAAGCAGACAACUCCUUUAUACCUUCACCUAAGCCAAGGACCAUAUUGAAAAAGCAGAGCCACAGGGAGGAGAAAGAUGGACUAGAAGAAGAGAAAGAAACUGCCCUCCAUGAAGAAUUAGAGGCACAUUGUAUACCGUCGUCCCUCCCAAGGCUGAAUGGCAGACCACUGGAAGCUGAGGAAAAAGCAUUCUCUGAAAACCUUGAUCCUGAGGAUUCAUUGUUAACAAGCCUAUCAUUGUCAUCCCUUAAAGAAAGUAUUGAAGAUUCCUUUUCACGAGAAUCUGGGGGGAAAACAUCGAUAAAAGAUCAGAAUGAAGAAGUCACUGAAAACCAUAAUUCCUUGAAAUCAAAUGAAAACGAAGAGAAUUCAUUUCUGAUAAACUUUGUUACCACUGCACUUGAGAAAUCGAAAGAAAGUCAAGUGGCUACUGAAAACAUUGAAGAAGAAAAGGAGAAAGCUGAACUAAUUAUGAGUGAUGAUCCACCACUAUUGAAAUCUCAGAAUAUCUUAAUAUCUGCCAGUGCAACUGAGUCUGCAAAGAAAACAAUUGAAGAUAGAAAUAUGAAGAAUAAAAAGUCAACAAAUAACAGAGCAUCCAGUGCAUCAAGCAGAUUAAUGACCUCUGAGUUUUUAAAGAAUUCUGGUUCUGUAAGGAGAACUCCAUCGAAAACUACCUCUUCUCACUAUUUAGGGACCUUGAAAAUAUUGGACCAAAAGCCUUUACAGAAACAGAAUAUAGAACCUGACAGAGCAGAUAACAUAAGGGCAGCUGUUUAUCAGGAGUGGUUAGAAAAGAAAAAUAUAUAUUUACAUGAAAAGCACAGAAUUAAAAGGAUUGAAAGUGAAAACUUAAGGAUCCAAAAUGAACAGAAAAGAGCUGCUAAGAGAGAAGAAGCCUUAGCAUCAUUUGAGGCCUGGAAGGCUAUGAAAGAAAAGGAAGCAAAGAAAAUAGCUGCAAAAAAAAGGCUCGAGGACAAAAACAAGAAGAAAACUGAAGAAGAAAAUGCUGCGAGAAAAGAAGAAGCACAACAAGCUUUCGAAAGAUGGAAAGAGAAAAAAAUGGAAUAUCUUAAAGAGAAAAACAGAAAGGAGAAAGAAUAUGAAAAAGCCAAGAAACAGAAAGAGGAGGAAACUGUUGCUGAGAAAAGGAAAGAUAACCUGACUGCUGUGGAAAAAUGGAAUGAAAAAAAAGAAGCUUUUUUCAAAGCAAAGGAAAAAGAAAAAAUAAAUGAGAAAAGAAAAGAAGAACUGAAAAGAGCUGAGAAAAAAGAUAAAGAUAAACAAGCUAUUGAUGAGUAUGAAAAAUGGCUGUGCCUGCUGGUAAAACCAAAUUCGUUUCAAGUUUCUCUCUCUCUUCCCACGCUGAAUGAAACAGACAAAAAAAAGGAAAAGAAAGAAAGGCAGGAAAGAAUUGAACGAAAACAAAAGAAACAUCAUUCCUUUCUUGAAAAUGAGGCACUUCCUCCAUGGAGCCCUCCAAGCAGAACUGCAUUCUCAAAAGUGUUUUGAUAAUUCUAAUUCUUACAUUAUUUAGUUAUUAAUUCAACAACGUUAGUCAUAGGUUAGAGACUAUUUAUUCAAUUAUUUAUAGUUAGAAGAGUAUUUUAAUUAAAUGCUAGUCACUUCUACUGACACUGAAAAAGAUGCUUUGGAGCUUAAUCGGUGAAAGACUUGAAAGCAUUUUUUGAACUGUAAACUGCCUCAAAUGAAAAGCUAAUCAUCACAUUGCUCUUACCUUUAAAAUACAUAACCUUUAUCAUGUCCUGAUAAUCGUACAGUGAGGUGAUCCAUUGUCACUUUCACUAAGCUGUGCACGUUAUUUAAGUGUAUUUAUUCUCAAAAAUAAAAAGGAAACUACCUAGGUACAAUAAUUAUAGGAAUAAUUGAAUUUGUAAAUGAUCGUGCAUCUGGAUUCAGGUAUUUAAAUGAAUGAUUGCUGGGGAGUAUGCAUAUAUUAUUUCUUCUAAAAUUGAUCUUUAGCUCAAAGCAGUUGCAUUUGCACUGUGUAAGCUAGAAUUUUGUUCAACCGAGGCAGCAAUUCAGUAGAACUCCAAUCAUAGAGGUAUUUUAAUUAAGAAGUUUGCCUUGUGUUUCAAUAUGAAUGUACUUUAUCCCAGACUUACAUGACAAUCAUAGGCACUUUAUAAUGAGCAGACCUCUGAAAUUUGUCUUUCUAAAUUCUAUCUCACUUUAUUAUUUCAGUGAUACCAAAAGAUGUCCAUUUAAUGGUAGUGACAUACUUACACAUUAGUUCUGGAAAUUUCACAACAGUUCAAGAUCAUUAUCACUAUUAUUGUUUUCCAGACUAAAGCCAUAAAUGUGAUAAAGGCAAUUUUUAUCCUCUUAACUAAGCCAGAGCCUUAGAGCUUGUAUUUGGAAGAGGGCUGUAUGGGAAGAUAAUUUGUAGAAAAUGUCCAUAGAGUAUUUAUUUAGAUCUUUGCAUAUCCUUGUAUUAAUUGGACUCAUACUUGAACUGGUCAGCUAGUUUGUCACAGGCCAAGCAUAUGCUCUCAGAGUUGAAGUGCUGCUUUAGCCAAUGAUACGAUGCAAUGGUAGAUGAGAAUAAACAGUUACUAUUUAUUAAGCACCUAUAGCAUCCUCUCUUCUGGAUCCUUAUAGAUGUUAUUUCUCACCUUUACACUAUUCAGAGUAGGUGUUAUUAGCCUCAUUUUGCAGAUAAAAAUACUGAGACUCAGAGAAAUUAAAUAACUUGCCACACAUUCAGCAUGUGACUGAGCUGAUUAAGGCAACCUCUCUCCAGAAUCCACAUGCUUGUUUCAUGCUCUUGUGUAGCCUUUCAUGUGGUCUGUCAAGACCUCUGUAUUAUAUUAAUCUUGAGAACACAUCUUACCUCUCAGAUCGUACAGUCAUGUAAUAUUAUCCAGAGAUUAUCUUUCCCUUAAGAAACGGCUGUUUAUUAGUAGAGAUGGUAGACCUCAUUAGAUCUAUAAAAUGAAAAAAGAAUUUAUAAUAUUUAAGGAACUAGUCAAAUGCUUUGUAUCUAGUAUCAGAAUGUUAGAAAACCCAGCAGAUUAUGAAACAGGCUUCGAGAUAGUCACUUAGGAGGUUUACGCUCUGCAAACUAACCUUUUUGCUGCAGUGUGUGUGCAAGAUAAAAAUUUCAUGGAUUACUUUGUAAGAUCACAUCGAUGCUAUGGAUAAAUAAAAGAGAUUUCAUAAAUAAAACUAAAAGCCUUUUUAUACUGCCUGAACUAGGAGAAUACUUUAUGACUGACAUUAUUACUAGCAAUGUGUAUCAUCAACAUGGGAUUUAGGGCCUCUCUCAUUCAUCCAUUUGCUCCCCAUAGUGCCAAACAAAAUGCCUACCACAAUAGAUCAUUAAGUGCCUAAUGUAUAGAAUUUGCUGUUUAGAACUAAAAAGAUAUUUGCAAAUUCUAGGGAAGUAAAAGGAAAAAUAGGAAAAAAGUACAGAUACUUUUAGGGCUGUGAGAUCAUAAACGUGUGUCGUAGAUGUCACAUUAAAUAUUUACUUAAACUUCUUGAUCGUUUUCUUCUAUUUUAUCACAUUUAAUGUUAUCUUUAUCACUGCUUAGUUGUGAGAAUUGAAUGAAAUUAAUUAAUGUAGCACAUAUGGCACAUAGUAAGGACUUAAUAAAUGCUCUCUGUUUUCAUUUAUUUACCAUCAUGGACCCUACAUUUCCCCAUUUCAUGUAUCUGAGAAAGUUAACAUAAAUGGGGUUGAUAAUGGUUAUUUGACAUUACCCAUUUUAGCACACAAGAAAUCUCUGCUUUCCUGGCCAGCCUAGGGUGUAACACUCAAAAGAGAAUACAGAGGUGACCUGUAUUAGGGACCUCCUAAAAAAAAAAUCUAAAUACUAAUUUCUUAGUGUUGCUUGUGAGGUAGGAUGAAAAGGGAAUUGAAAUGUUUGCAAAGACCCAAAUCAUUUCCUUCAAAUAGAGAUUUUUGUUUUACUCUGAUAAAAGAAUACAUGUUAUUUCCUGUUUACAGCAACCUGUGCUGAUUCAGUUAACUGAUUAAAUCACCUCUUCUUCUGUAGCAGAAAUAAAGCUGACAUUUGGGAGCUAAGUGAAAAUACAGUACUAUUUACGUUCUAAGAUCCAAAGGGAAGAAUCAAGCUUGAUAAUCUCUUAAAUAUAUUUACCUAUUUAAGGGGUAUAGAUUUCCCAUAUUCCUUUAGAAGUAUCAAAUGUCAAUAUAGGUAUUUGCUCUUUAAGUUUUUAUUAAUUUACAAUACCAAGGAAUUUUAAUUUAAGGACACCGAAAGCCAAUAUAGAGAUUAGUUUUACAAACUGUAUUAUCACUUGAAAUGCUGACACUUCAAAGUAAGUAGGAAUUUCCCUAGAAAUUUAAAUAUUAAUACUAAAAAAAUGUUUUGUGCAGAAUUUAAGUUACAUAAUAAUCAACAAAAUAGUAGUGUUACAUAAACAGAAACAAUAUGGCAUUUUAGAUCAGAAGGGGGUUUCAGUUUUCUUAAUAAAAGAAAUACCUGUUCGGGGAUAAUAAUAUUCCAGUGCAUCACAUUUUGAAAAUGUCAGUAGUACAUUUGUUGCUUCAAAUAGUAUUGAAACUGAUUUUUUUCACCAUUGCUAAAGCAGUAGCUGAUAAGGUGUCCACAGUUGUAUGUACUUUAGAGUGAUAUUACUGUUCAUCAAGAAGGGAUUUUAAUAAUUUAAUAAACCUGGCCCAAACUCUCUUCUAAGUUGAGGAAACUGAUUCCUGAAGACUUUGACUUGCCCAAGCUCACACAGCUAACUACAAGAAAUCUGGAGUUGGAAUUUAGGUAUCAGGUUUCCCCGUCAUACUCUACAUACCAUUCCACUAUUUUGAUAAUCUGAUAAAGUUUUUACACUAACUUUUUCAAACUUUCAACAUUACUAACGUAGUUGAUUUUUAAUUUCUCAGAUGUCUCCUUAUUUUUCCACUAUAUUCUUCAUAACUAUCCACCAGAUUAAAGCCGUUUGGGCACAUAAACUACCAUUUAAAAACGUAGAUUCUUAAGUCCUGAGUCACGGGUUAAGAUACAAUAGAAAAAAGGAAUUUCAAAAACGAGAAAAUUGCAUGUUAGUCAAAAUAGUUCCUAAAGGUUAACUUAUACAGAAAACAUAUUUUCCUGAUUUAAUCUUGGAUACAAUUUCAAUAGUGCUGUAUUAAUAAGUAUUUAAAUUCAUUCAUUCCACACAGAGAAGAUAUUAUCAAUUUUCCUGUCUCCUAGUUACAUUGGCUGACAGAAUAAUAAAUGCUAUAUAAAUGCUUAACGAGAGACUUCUCUAAGUUCUUUUUACUUUAAAAUUAAAUGUGAUUUGAUGUUUAAGCAUAUAUGUUACAUGUAAUGGUAUAAUAUUAACCAUUGAGUGAACUAAAUUGGUGUUGAAUUUAGAAUGUAGUUUUAAGAAUUAUUUGAGAAAAUGUAUGUAAUAUCUGCUUUUUACUAGCACGUUUUCAUAUAAUGUUAAAUAAAAUGAACCAUUCAAGCUUUA